AUGCACGUUCAACGAAGAAGCCAUGGCUUGAAAUUCAAGUGGAGGACGUCCCAGCCCAUUAUUGCUUAUCUUCCGGCCAUGAUUGAGGCUCCUCUUUCUUCCAGAAGAAAUAGCGUUCGGGGGUGUUCCGAAGUGUUCGAGACCAGUGGAAAACGCAAUGCAAAUCACCGAAGUUCACCGAGAACAAAAAUCCAUUAUCAACAACAAAAGCUUUUCUCGCUACCUAGGAAAAGUCGAAAAGCUGGGCCAGCGGAUCGAGGACGAGAAGAUGCAGAUCUUUGCGGUGUACCCCGAGAACUCGAGCUGGAGCUGGUGUGUAUGCGAUGCGGUGCACUGCUAGAUGAGAUGCCAUCUCACGCUGGUGUAGAAGGAGUUGGGACAAGCACUGCGACCGCAUCGAGGCAUGCAAACAAGCUGGAGCUCUUCCCAAGCAUUUUCCCAGAGCAUUUCGACGCGGGCAAAUAUAUCUUGGGGCCUUGGCAUUUAUCUACAAUGCUGGCCGACUUGUGGACUUGGUUCGAAGGCUAA